CUAAAUAGCAUAAUUCAAAAUAUAAUGACGUGGGUUGUAGCUACAGUAACCAGUAUAUUAUAUCCAGCCAUCACAAAAUAUGAAGAAAGAGUGCAGAGUAAUACUUAUCCAGUGUCUGAUGACUCAGACCUUUCUUCGGAUAGUUCAAGCUUCUGUAGUACAUGCAGUGAGGGCUUCACAUACAGAAGCUACAUACCUAAAGCAUUUCAAGCAGAUCCAUUUGUAUUUGCCGGUGACAGGCCAGUGAAGAAACCACCCACACCUUUGAAACCUCCUUCUGCACAUGUGGAAAGAAGAGUUAUUGGCACAACAUAUCAAAUGAGAGGACAAUCUCCAUCUUCACAAGUCAAUUACAACAAAACCAAUUUGGAAUAUCCAUUCCCUAAGAUAGGAAGCAGUAAAUCUGAUAGUUACCUUUUAACAUCAUUAGAAACAAGCACCAAAAAAUCAAAAGAUGUUACCACAGAAACAGAUAGUUUAGAGAUUCCAUUGCUAUAUGACAAAAAAGCAAAGGCCAUGGAUCAGAUGAAAAAUUUAAAGAAUGUUUUUGUAAACUUUAAAUGUCACUUGAAAGGAGAAACACAAAUUAUUUUAGAAAGUAUUUUUCAGGAAAUAAUGUCUGACUUAACCCAGGCCAUUCCUUCUCUUUCUUCUGUGACUGCUGAAGUUUUUGUUGACCAAUGUGAUACAGAGAGAGAAGACUUGUUCUCAAAUAUUGACAUAUGCUCAGUAGCUUCAGAGAUUGUGGAAAAUAUGCUGGAGAAACUGGAGUCCUCUGUUGAGAAAAAAUGUAUGCAGUUGUUAUCACAAGAAGAUCUGACAGUUGAUAUUAAAACAAGUUUCUCAGGUAGUACUGAAUAUUUCUCAUCCUUAGAUACAAAACCUUCAGAAGAUACACUGACUUCUACCUUGGAGCCAAUGUGUGAUAUUGCAGAUGAGAUGGUACAUGCCAUCUUAGAUAAGUUGAUGACUCUUACGUCUUAUAAGAAAAGUGAGCUUCCUCUUGAAGACACAACUAAACAUUUCCACCAACAAACUAAGACAGAGCCAAUUUUUGAUAAAUUUUGUCAAAGGACUGACCAAAAGAAAUCUAGUCCAGAAUCUGAUGCUGCUAAUCUAAUUGUGAAAGAAGAAAUGCAGAACUUAAUAUCAAAUAUUUUUUCACAGUCCUCUCUAGUUGGUUAUGUAGAAGAAGCAAUAAGCACUAUACUAGGCUGUGUGCAAACUGAACUUAAUAAUGAGAGACUAAUUGCAUCUGAAGAAACAGUAGUACUUCUUCAGCUACUGGAUGAUGUCUUAACUCAACUUCACCAGGGGCCAGCAAAAGCAGGUGUUAAAAAACAUAGACAACCUCGAGUAAGAAAUCUUCCUGAUGCUGACGAAAAGUAUAGACUCACUAGCACUGGCUCAUUUAAUGGUCUUAGAACUAAAAGACCAUUUCCUCCUAUUAAUGUCCCAGGCAUGGUUCUCUAUUCUGAAGAUGAUGAGGAGGAAAUAGAUAACCUUGUGAGAAGUGUGCUUGAUUCAUCCUAUAGUGAUGAAAAAAUAAAACCGCAAGUGCAGAUUCCUAAUUAUUGGCCUACAAGGAGAGACACUUGUUUUGAAUCCAAAAGGAGCAAUAACCUACCAACAAAACCUACUCCUCAAAGCAAAGUUGGAUCUCAUGACUGCGGAUUAAAGUUGAAGUUAUCUCUUAGUAGUGAAGACAUUAUGAAGACAACACAUUGCUUGACUAAUGAUGCUUCAGUUUUCAGCCAAGAUCAAAAGCAUCAAAUACAAAAGGCUUCAGAAAACAUAGUUCAACACAUUUUAACAGAAAUGCUCAAGGAUAUGCCUUCUGUUUCAUCUCAUCACCCAGGAAGCAAAAUUGGUGAAGAAACCUCUGCUUUCGUCUCAGAAAAAUCUCAAGGAUUAUCAGAUCAAGAAUGGAUAGAACAGAUGUUUUCUGUGAAAGAAAUUUGUGCAUUUGCACAUGAAAUAACUGAUUCUGUGAUAAAUAUACUUCAAAAGGCCUCGAAGUGCAUUCCUAAUACCAUUAAAAAUGCCAUUUCAUCAGGUCAUCAAACUUGUCUAGAUCAUUCUGAUACUUCCCAAACAACCACAGAAAUACCAAGUAAAAUGCCAUUCAAAGUAUGGUUUGACAGUGAAAAGAAAAUGAAAUAUUUAUCUUCACUUAACGUAGAGCUUGAAAAAACUUCCAUGUUAAGAUCUCGAGAAUGUGAACCUAAGUGUGUAAAUGAUAUUACUGAUAACAUCAUUAAUACAAUUUUUAAAAAUCUGAAGUUAUUUGUUUGUCCAAAAUUAAAGCCAGGCAAGAAAAUUUCACUCAUAGGGAAAUCAUUGCAUUCUCAUCUUAGUACUUACACAAUGAAAAUAGUCAACAUUGUUUUAGAUGCUAUACAGAAUGAACUAGAAUUCACCAAGAUAAACCCAAAUCCUAGGGAGACAGAUCAUAUCAAGGGUCGUACAGGCAAAGGGUUGUUUGCUGAUUCCAACAAAGCAGUAGACUCCCAUGUCACCAGUGUCAAUGACAUUAUGGAAAGUCCAUUGCUGACAUGUAUUUAUGAAAUGAUAUCAAGUACAAAUGAAGAUCAAACAAAUACUUCAACCUCUACAGAUAAGGCAGUUUCUACAGUGUUAUGCGGGUCUGAAAAUGCUAAUAAACAAACUAUUUUGUCAAGUAAACAGGAUAAAAAUUCUUUUCGACAAUAUUUGGCUACACCUUGUAUUCACCACAGUGUCGCUAGUGGAAAGGAUUUGAAAAAUAGUUCCAAGUUGAAGGUGUUAGAUCGAAUUGGAGAAACGCUAUAUGAAAUGUUAAGCAAACUCACAGGUUUCCAUGCUGAUUAUCAGCCAUCUUGUAGUCAGCAAAACACAGAGAAGUUACAUAAGGAUCCUCCAACACUAUCUAAUGUUCAAGUAAUUUCCAAAGCAAUUCUGGAAUAUGUCCUUGCAAAACUAUGUGAUAUUGACAUAGAUACCAGCAUUGUAGAUUCUGGAUUGAAAACUCUCUCAGAGUCACUUGACAUUGACAACCUAUCAUUUGCUUCAACUAUGGAAGAAAUGGCCAAAUGCACUGACAUCAUCUCUAAUUUAAUUUCCAAAAUUAUGAUGGAUAAUAAAGAGAGUACCAAAAAUAAAGCAAAAAGUGAUCUCUCAGUGUCUCCCAAAACAGAGAACUCAAAGAAAAUGUGCCCAAAUAAACUGAAAACUAUUGCUUCAGAUAUUCUUAACAUGGUUUUUGCUAAACUGGAACUAUUUGCCAGUGGAAAUGUAGAAAAUAUUGGUGCCCUUAAUGAUGAAAGUAAAACAGAGAAUAAAAUGGACUGGGACUGUGAAAGCAAAAAUUCUCCCACAGAUUCACAUGAUAAAUCAUUGCUGUCUACUUUAUACACUCAUGCAAAGAAGGUAUCAAGUGGUAUUUUGAAAGCCAUUCAAACAGAAUUAAAUAUUAAUCCAUCAGAUUGUAAUAAAAAUACAAAAAACUCACCACAAGAGACACAAAUGCUUACAAACAUAGUUGAUUUAGUUUUAGAUAUAGUAUCUUCAGAUAUAUUUGUUGAAGCUGAAUCUGAGCACAGAGACAUUGAAAAUUACCGAUAUCGACCAAUUUAUGGAAAUUUUCUUCCUGGAGGAGCUGAAUCGGGGUCAUUUCUAGAUGAUGACACACAAAAUAAAGAAUUCAUUGGAGAUAGAACAUCACCCACAGAAGAAACUAGAACCUUUUCUACUGACCAGUGGCUUCUAGAAAGAACCUUGAACAAAAUUGAAGUAAAACUCAAAGAACCACACAAAUCUCCAAUUGUUCCCAUUAUAAGAAAUAUUUUGAAUGAAAUUUUUCAAAGUGCUUUAAUCAAUCAACUAAAUGUUUCUCUCUCACACUCUCAUUUUAGUAGUAUGCCUUAUAAUGUGCCUGUGUCAACUACUCUAACGUCUGCUCAAUUUAUGGAUCCUUUGAUGGGCCCUUUAGUGUCUGACACAGAUGUAACUCAGGUGGUGAAUGAUGUUGUUAGGACUGUAUUUCACAAACUGUAUUCAGCUGCCACGACAGAAAAACAUGAAAGUGGAAACAGAUGUGAAACUAUCAUCUUUUCAACCAAUGUCUCUUUUCAUGAGCAUACCUAUCCAGGAAACCGACAUGUAAGUGUCUUAAGUGGAAAUCCAUGUGACAUUCAGUCGAGGUGGAAUGUUGACAAACAGACAAAAAUAAAUGUAAUUGAAGACAUUAUGCAGGCAAUAUUAGAAAAUUUAGAAACUUUUGCUGCUUCCAAAGUAGAAUCUCUCUUUCAUCCCCAACAAGAUGGUAUUAUUGAAAGGCUAGUCAAUAAGACAGAAUAUCGAAAAAUACUCGAGUUUCAAAUUCAAGAUACCAUUGAAGGGAUCUUAUGUAAUAUUUAUGAAAAUAUUAUGUAUCAGAAUAAUCUCUCAUUUGCCACACCCACUCUGCAAUAUAGUAUACCUAGCAAACACUCAGAAGCAAAUUUACAACCAGUUGUUCUGGGUACAAAUAUUAUCCCGAAAGUAUCAGUUCCUAAAACAGAUGUCAUUUUGGUGUCCAAAGAUAUAGUGGAUAUUGUGCUUCAUAACCUUACUUCUUUGGUUAUGUUUGCCAUAAAGGCCAAUGAUCCUGCUUCCUCAAGGUUGGACUUCUAUGAUAUGUUUCCAAAAUCUCAGUGCCAACAGCCUCUUUUUAUAACACAAAGUACUGAUGAACAACCAGGGCAUUUUUCACAUUCAAAAAAUAUGAAUUUAGCUUAUGCUGCUGUUUAUCAGAUGCCUGUGAAGAGAAAUGAAGAUACCAGGGAACCUGCAGCUGACCCGUGCGAGGAAAACGCCAACUUCAUUACUAAAACUAUUUUCAAUCGGUUACAGUCUUUUGCCACAGAAAGAAUAAAUUCAUUAAUGACUCCAACCUUUAAGUCUAAUAAAGAAAAUGUAUUUAUUAGCCCAGAAUUUGAAAAUGGUAAACAAGAUGACAGCAUUUUUCAGGAGUCAGGCCAAGUUGAAUCUGAUGUGAAUGUCCUAAAAUUAUCAACAACCAAAACAGGUCCUAGCCAAGAGCUUGCAAAACCCGUUUUUGCCAGUUGCAGAGAAAAUCUUGGAACUACAGUCCAUUUAUCACAAACUAGUCUUAAGGACUAUGCUGAUUUCAUUGCCAGUGCUAUUUUGAAGCUUAUUAAAAAUGAUUUAGACUUAGAAAUACAAAGUGUGCACACAUGUUCAAAUAAUAUUUUAUUUCAAAAAAAUAUUGUGAGUGAAAUUGUUAAUAGUAUCUUAAAUAUUUUGCACCAUAAAGGAUCUGAAAAGGAUUUUUUUUUAUCCUCCCCAGAGAAUUCUAGCUGUUCACAGUUAACCAUAUCAAAUGAAGUUUUGCUGGGAUAUAAAGAGAGGGAAAAGCCUACCACAUUAUCACAGUUUACAAAUGACCCUUUAGAAGAAAACCAGACAACACUGGAAAAGGAAAGCCAGAGAGUUGUUUUGGAAGAAAUAUUUUUGAAAAAAGGAGGAUCAAAACCAAGAGAAAAAAACAAAAUAUUCAGUGCAGUAGAAGAGGUUUUGAAGAAGCUGAAUCAAAAUAUAAUGGAAAUCAUAGGCCACUUGCUCCCAUUUAAUGAGAUUCCUUACAUUGUGUCUAAAUCUAAGAGUAAAACAUCAGCUAUAGCACGGAAGAAAUUCUUUCAGUCUUAUAUUAAUAACAUAUCAAAUGAUAUACUUGAAAAUAUUUUGGGAGAAAUGCACUCUGUGGUUGUGACAUCUUUGUGCAAAAAAACUAAAAGCAGGAGAGAGGUAGAAAUGUAUGACAACAAUGAUACCUCAUCAGUAAAACCAUCAUGCUUUAGAGAAAAUAAGCCAGCAAGAAAACGAAGUAAUCCCUCUAGACUUGGGGUACCACAAAUGCAUCAUAAUGCUGACAAUUUAAAUGCCCUUGUGUUAGAAAACACUUUUUUGCCUUAUUCACCAUUGCAGAUUGGAAGAUAUUUAGUUCAAAUGGUUCUUGAUAAAUUGUUAAAUUUUGUUUCCCUUCAUCUAGAAGAGAGAUUUCCCCCUGAAGGUAGUUAUGAUGACAUGUACCUUCUUAGACUACAUAAUUCUAAACUUAGCCCUAAGAAUAGCCCUAGGCCAGGCUGUAAAACAAGUUUAAAAGCAAGAUCAAAAAUUACCUCUCUCUCUAAAUUUAAAACAAAACCACAUCUAGGCAUUAGUGGUACUAAGUCCAAAAGCAAGACCAAGUUCGGUACUGGAGAGAAGAUUUCAAGGGAGAACCGAUCUAAAACUGCCAUUGGGUUGCCACAAACUCUACCAAAAGAGGAUGCCAAAACCCUACUGAAAACAAAACUGCCAGCUUCAGAAUUAAGAAUUUAUGCCAAGAACAUAAUAACUGAUAUUUUAGAAAUAAUUGUGAAAGAACUUGAAAGAGUGGCACAAAAUAGAGCCAUGUUAAAUACAAAAGCUUUGCCAUCUGAUCAAAUCCUGGAAGCAAGUAAAAUUGUUAAUGCGGUGUUGCAAGAAUUGUAUGCUACAAACAACCACAAUUUGGCUUCUCCAAUUAAUGUCUCAAAUCUGGGUGAUUUUCGUGUGUCAAAGCAGAAUCUGGGUGCAGGUUCUCCUACUGAGCAGCAGGCAUGUUUUUACUUAGAGAAUGUUUCCUCACAGCUAGAACAGAUUUUUCCUAAAGAAGGUAUAUUUAAAAAAAUGUUUGACAAAUGGCAAGCAGAAACAAGUGAUACAGAAAAUGAAAAGUCUAAACUUUUAACCGUAGCUGAAAGCAUUUUGACUGAAAUUUCAAUUAAAGUGAAGGAUUUGGAGUAUUCACUUUCACUUUUAAAUUUAUCACCACUUGAAGAUUGUGGAAACAGAUUCUAUGGUCGCUUUAAAGGUGGAUCUACCAGAGCUGAGGAUACGAAAGCACAGAUCAAUUUGUUUGGACGGGAAAUUGUUGAAAUGCUAUUUGAAAAAUUGCAGCUGUGCUUCUUGUCUCAGAUGCCUAUUCAAGAUGGUAAGGGAAUGCUAACAAAUAGGAAAGAAUAUGUUGCUGCUAAAAGUAAGCAUGGUGUUCCAAGCAAACACAUCCUCAGUGGUGUGCAGACCUGUAAUAUGAAGACAAAAGUGUCCACGAGUCCUAGCAACCAAAUCGUGCAGGAGAUCGUACAAAGAGUCUUAAACAUGUUAGAGUCAUUUGUGGACUUGAAGUUUAAGCAUAUCUCUAAAUAUGAGUUUUCUGAAAUAGUGAAAAUGCCUAUAGACAAUCUCUUUCAAGUGCAACAGAGGCAAUUAAGCAAAAAAAUGUUGCCAAAGUUACAACCAUUUAGAAAGUUUGGUGAUGAACCCAAGUCAAGUACUAGUAUAUCCAAGGAAAACAUACAGAGCACACUCCUACAGGUUCAUUCAUUCCAUUCAGAAUUACUUUCAUAUUCUGUCACUACUGUCAGUGACAUGCUUAGCAUAAUCAAGAAUAAGCUAGACAAAGAAAUAAGCCAAAUGGAACCAUAUCCAGUUAGCAUACUGAAAGAGAAUAUUGCUGCAAGUGAGAUCAUUGGUAGACUGAUAGAUCAAUGUACUCAUUUCAGUGAGUCUUUGAUCGCAAAGCUUCCAAACAAAAAUUAUUUCAAAAGAACUGAGAAUGUUUACAUUGUUAACCAGGUUGAAUUUGCAUCUCAUGUGAAAAUGCCUACAUCAAAGAUGAGAAACACUAGUGUGAGAAGUAAUACUCCACAAAGGAGUGUAUCUGGCUUGACAUUUAAUUCAGAGGAUGAUACAAAAGAAAAGUAUGGGAUCACAUCCAAUUCACCCUCACACAUCAGUUCCUGCAUCGAAAACAAUAUUACAAGCUCAGAGCCAAUGGGAAGACCCAGUUCAAAAGCUAUGCCAUCAUGUUCUGGAAACAAAGCACAAGAUCAGAGUCAAAGGAAACCAAACUUUGGACUUUUUGAGGAAGCCAACAAUUCUCUUCCUGAAGGCAGUAUGCUACAAAAAUUGUUUAAGAAAGCAAAUGAUUCCACAAAAGAAUCACUGAAACAAGUCAUGUCAUUCAUAGAAAUGGGAAAAGGUGAAAAUCCAAGAGUAUUUCAUUAUGAGACCACCAAACCAAUUGAGCCAAAUGAAAUUAAGACAAAUGUUUCCCCACUCAAAAUAUGUUUAGCUGCAGAUAAUAUUGUUAACACAGUACUAUCAAGCUAUGGCUUUCCCCAUCAGCCACACCCGGACGAAAGCCUGGAGACCAUGAAACCAUUUUUUAUGUCAAGGCAAAAUCCUUUGUCUGUGGUAAAUGGAGGAGAAAAUAAUGAGAAAAAUUUGCUCAGAAUGUGGUGUAAACGAAUGACCUGUAUAAAUGAAGAACAAAGUGAAGGUCUUGAAGCCUUCCAAGAGGAUUUUUCUUUAUUACACAAAUGGAAAAAUAAAAACUCCAAAAUGACAGCGGAGACUUUGGAAGAAACUGACACAAUUGCCUUUGCUGAUCAUGAACUGGGUCCAAAUGAAAUGCAUUUGUUGGCAAGACACAUUACUACAUCUGUGAUCACACAUUUGAAGAAUGCCAUAGCUGCAGUUUCGACUGAGGAGUUGUCUCACAUUUCUUCACUCCCAAAGAAAAAUUAUGACUCAAAACAGCCUCUCAAAAGCAUAUAUAGUAAUUCUUCAAUGUAUCAGUUUUGUGAACAUCUCUCUGAAUCAGUCAUCUGCUACUUAAUUUCAAACAUUUCUGAUGGCACCAAAGAGGGUAGCAAAGACAAAGCAUGGGAAAUCCAAAAAGUAGUCUCUAACAAAAAUAUAUCAAUACAUUCUCAAGUGUAUAAGAGCAGGUCUACUUCCAUUGGAGAACUCGCUUUAAGUAUUUUUGAAGUUAUUAUUCAAAUUCUUUCUAAUGGUAACAUUAUAUUUGCUGACAAGGUACAUCAGACUGCCAUAAAAACUAAGUACAAGUUCUGUCCAAGUGUGACUUCUUCUGACUUUGAUGAUAUCUUUCAAGAUCUCUUAAAAGGAGUGAUUUUUGUAUUGUCGGAAGUACUAGGAAUAAAUCAUUUUGGAAAUAAUGUAAGAAACAAAUCAUAUUCUACACUUAGAAAUAGUGUGCCCAUUUUCAACAAAGUCAAUACCAUGGAAAGUCAGAUAGGCCCCAGGGACUGGAAAUCAUCUUCUCACCUAAUUGAUCCCCUUGCUCAAAGAAAUAAAUUAAAUUACCUAGCACAUAGGUUAAAUGGUCUGGUUGGGAACUUAAAAUCUCAUGAAUCCAAAGAAGUCAUCAAUGAAGUCUUUAAUAUUGUUUUAGAUUUAUUUUUACCAGAUGACUUCCCAGAUGGGGAUAUGUGUUCUGGUAAAUCGGCAAGAACAUUUUUCACCUCAAAUAAUCAACAAAGUGAUAGAAUACUUGCAAAUAAUCUAGGGCUUUCCCCUAAAUCAAUUUUUCUUCUCAAUAUUGUGUGUGAGAAACUUAUUAGAACACUUCUAGAAAAAUGCACGGGCACUGCAUUUCUUGAGGAUAGUUCUCUUUUUCGUGAAGUAGCAGAAGAAUGUCAACAUGUAAAAUUACUUCGAAGUGUUCAAGGUGGAGAUUUUGAUUAUUGUAAGGCACCAAUGAACUGUGAACAAUUUCAAGGAGAUUACAUGUCAGACCUUUCGGAAAAUCUUGGAGACAUGGAUCAAGAUUUAUUAUCAUCAGACUGUAUACUUGAUGUUAUGUCCCACAGCUUGGUUAAAUCUUUGAUGGAUAAGCUAUCUCAUGGUUUUCAACAAGCUCCUUUUGAAAACAAAUGCAUGAACUACAGAACAAGAGAAACACAACCUUUUUCCCCAGAAGCCAAAAGGCGAGAAUUAAUAGAAUUUGGACAAACUAAUGCCCAUGUAGGAUUCAUGAGCUAUGACAAUAAUUAUUUUACCAAGUCCUUGAAUAAUUCCAAAGCAACUAGCUUUAAAAUGCAAACACCAUUUGGCAAACAACAUAUAGUAAAACCUUUCUCUUUGCUGCUUCCUGAAAGACGAGAGACAAGGGGAAUGAACACAGUAGUCUUUCAUAAGCUAUGUCCAGGAGGUGCAAAUGGUGGUGUUUAUUCAGCUACAUUUUUGGAGGACAUAAUAUCAGAAUUAUUUUUUAAGCUGUCUACUUCAUUGUGGAGGAAAAAUAUAAACAUCACUGAAACCUGGCUCAAUGAGAUAAAUACAUCACUUAUCAACAAUGUAGUGAAUGACUUAAAUAAUGCUCAAAUUAGUGUUCUAAGGUAUCCUGAAGAAAGACUAUAUUUUCCAUCAGCACAUAAAGGAUGUGUUACUAAGAUUGUUGAUUCCAUUUAUUGUGAUGUUUUACAGAAGUAUGAAUUUAAAGUAACCUGUGGUGGUAAUCUGCCAUAUGAUAAUACUUCAGUAGCUGAACAAAUGUCUAAUAGCAUAUUGUUCGAGGUUGUAGACUAUCAGCUUCCGUCUUGCUUCAAGGGAAAGCUCAGGUCAAAUUCAUAUCAUACUCUCAAUGCUGAAAUCAUCCUGUAUAAACUUCAAAACAAUCUAAGAAAAUUUAUUUCUGAACCCAUAUCUUCAAAAGGUUAUAGCACCAUGUUACCUCACUCAUUUUUAGAAUAUGUCAUCAGAAGACUUUUAGCUCAGCUUAUGCCCCUGCCUAUUAAGCCUUCAUCUUUAGAAAAACAAUAUUUAAUGACUUCAGAUUUUGAUGAAAUGUCCAACUGUAUAACAAAUAAGGUUAUGUCAGCCAUUUCAAAACAUAAAAUCUGGUUCACCAUCUAUGAUAAUCAAUGUCUCCACACAGAUAAAAACCUUCAAAAGAUGGUAGAUUCUGUUUACAGUAAUAUUAUACAAAUGUCUGGUUCUCUUGAUUUAAUACAGAAGAAUAUAAUCAACAGAAGUCCAAUUAUGAUUGAUCAAAUAGCCAGUUUCAUUAUCCAAGAGAUUAUUGAGAACCACCUUCGACCAUUUUUGUGUGGAGAGACUUUACCUCGCCCCAAAACUCCACUGGAUGAGGUAUCGUAUAUGGUCAAACAAGUUCUCAAUGAAGUUGUAGAGUCUCACAAACUCCAGAAGCCAUCACCUUUACACAUUUACCCUGAUAAAUUUGUAGGAGAAAUUGUUACCAGAGUUUUAUCAAAGAUUUUUAGCCCUAAGCCUAAUACUAAUGUUGAGCUGGAAAAUAUGACCCAAAAAAUAAUAAACUCAGUGAAUAACCAUCUAGACAAAACUAAGAUUCCUAUUCUAUGUGAUAAGCAAUCGUCCUUUCCAUUUAGUGAUGCAGAUAUUGUAGAUGAACUUGUCACCUCAGUAUAUAGAAAUGUUUUGAAGCAGCAUGGGCUAGAUCCUGACAUUGAUGAGUCUGGAAAUGGUGAAGCUUUUGUGGAAAAUAUUGCCAAAUUAAUCAUAGCAGCUAUUUCAGACUAUCUUCUUCAUCCACUGUUUUCUGGUGAUUUGUCAGCUGCUCCCUGUUCUAAUUCAAUGGCUGCUGAUAUUGUUUAUGAUGUUCUUGGUAACAUUGAUAAUUCUACUAAGUCAAAGCAGAGUUUACCUCCAUAUAAUACAUUGCUACCAUAUACAUUUUUAGAAGAUAUGAUCAGAGUACUAUUAUCUAAAUUUUUUCCUUCUCCUAAAAUGGUUUUAAAUAUAAGAGCUCCAAAAGACAAAGGGGUAAAUUUUAAUGAAAUUGCUUCCAAUCUGAUCAGUGAUAUUAGAAGAAAAAUUUCCCAACAUGAAAUUAGAUUUUCAAAAGAUGAAGAUAAAGCCAAGUCUUUUUACUCAGAAGAUGAUGUUUGCCAUCUUGUUGAUUCUGUUUUCACAAAUAUUUUAGAAAACACCAGUUCUCAAGAAUCAGUGGAACAAAAUAUCACAAAAACUAAUGAUGUUUUCAUUGAUAAAAUGGCAGGUUUUAUUAUUAAAUAUAUCUGUGAGCAGCAUCUUCAGCCAUUUGUGGAAAAAAGGCAAAUAUCUACAUCACCAUACAAAUGUUUUGAUGACAGACAGCCAUUAAUUUAUGCUAGUGCUUAUUCUUCAACUUUUUUGGAAGAUGUAGUCUCUGGAGUAGUGAGCAAAAUAUUUCACAGGGUGAUUGGCAUUGUACAAGUGGAGUCAGCAAGAAAUUCAGAAGAUGUUUUGUUUGAUAAAGCUGAAAAUCUUAUAUAUUGGAUAACAGAGGAAUUUUCAAAAGCCCAGGUUACAUCUAUAGAGAAUGCUGAGAAACAGUUGUGUUUUUCCCCAGUAGAGAAAGAUGUACUCAAAAACAUUAUUGACACUGUGUACAGCAAAGUUUUAGAAGAAUAUGAAAUGAGAAUCAUGCCUGAUAAAGAUUUUCUCAAUGACACAAAGGCAUUGGCUGGCCAGAUAACCAAAAUCAUUCUGACUGAAAUUUUUGAUUUCCAAAUUCCACCAGCUCUUUUAGCAAAUCUGCCUCUAAGUUUACAUUCCAAACUUAGUCAAAAUGUUUUGGUAAAUAGAGUCCAUUAUGAAAUUAGCAAGUCAAGAUUCCGAAGACAAGCAUCAACAAUAUAUACUACUAUGCUCUCACAUAUUCAUUUAGAAAAAAUAGCCACUCAGCUUAUGUCUCAGAUAAAUCCAUCACAUUCCAGUGUAGAACAUUCUGAUACUCCACAAUCAGAGUUAAGUAACACAGUCAUGAAACUGAUAAAUGAAAUCAUGUCAAUAAUUUCAAAACAUGCAAUAUGUAUUGUAAAACAUGGAAAUGAAAAACAAAGUAUGAUUUCAGAAAAAGACAUACAGUCAAUGGUUGACUCCAUUUAUGCUGAUCUUUCUCAUUCAAAUCUAUACCAGCGUCUUACAAAGGAUAAAAAAGGUAUAAGUCGCAUGCCUGUUUCAAAAAUUGCAAGUUUUAUAAUAAAGGAGAUCUUCAAUCAUCAUCUAGAGUCAUUCUUAUCAGGAGAUAAAAGUUUUCUUUCAGCUUCAGUUGCUCAACCUUGCAAGCAGAAGGCAACAAACCCUAAGCAAAGAGAACUGUCUUUCAUUAUGAACUCAGCUAUCUUUUUGGAGGAAGUAAUUUCUGAGCUUUUAUGCAAAAUUCUUCAGACAUUCAUACAGGAUUCCUUGGCUGCUGAAACCCCAGAGAAAGCAAUAGCCCAAAUAAUGGAUAUUGUUACAACAUUAGUAAAAUCAAUUGUUUUAGAGUUCACUACAUCUGAGAUUUUACUUGCAGAAAAUUUGGAUGAGAGUCUAUGGUUUUCAGAGACAUAUAAAGAAAUGGUUCAAAAAACAGUCAACUCAGUUUAUGAAAAUAUAUUAGAUGAAUAUAAAUCACUGACUCAACUACACAGGACUGUACAAAACAACACUACUUGUUUUGGAGGGAAAUUAUAUCAUUUUCUACUGCAAGAAAUUUAUGAUUAUCAGGUACAGUCAUUAGUUUUGGGUGAAUUAAUGCCUUCUUCUUAUUCUUUCCCUCGAGCUGAAAAUAUCAUCAAAAAUGUGCUCAAUGUCACCUUGAAGGAUACCAGUGCCAUGCCAUCAUGUAUUACAGUGCUCCCCUGUUCUCUGAUAGAAAAUAUGAUUUACAAGCUUUUAGUAAAUAUCUUCCCUUCAGAUGAUACUACAGAUAAACUAAAGGAAAAAGAGGUUGGGCCAGAUGAUGAUGACGAGUUCAUGGCUGCAGCUUCAAAGCUGACUGAUGAAAUUAUAAAAGAAAUUUCUGAACAUGAGAUCAGAUUUGCCACUGCAGAGGAGAAUGAAGAUAGUAUGCAAUUAGGAACUACUGAGAAUUUCAUUGAUUCUGUAUGUAGUAAUAUUUUGAAAAACUCUGAAUUCCAAGCAGAAUUACAGAAAGAUGCACACAAAAAGGGAGGUUCAUUUCUCAGUAAAAUAGCUGGUUUCAUUAUUAAAGCAAUCAUGGAUCAUCAUUUGCAACCAUUUUUAUAUGGUGAAGACUCUCCUUCUAGUAACUUACCUGAGUAUGGCCAUGCUUCUGUUGUUGCUAAGUCUGGGAAAGAAAAGGCACAGCCUUCUCUAUUUUCAGCUGCAUUUUUAGAAGAUGUAAUUGUUGACCUUGCUCACAAAUUUUGUUCUUUUGCAACUCUUGCUAAAGAUUCUAUGAAAAAGGAUAUUCCAGAGCCAGAAAUUGUAAGCUUAGCUAUCAACUUUGCAAACUCUCUGAUACAGGAUUUUAGGAAAAGUAAAAUCAAAGUUUUACCACAUGCUGAAGAAAUAUUUUCUUUACCACCAAUUGGGAAGGAGACAGUUGAUGCGAUAUCUAAUUUUGUAUAUGAUCAGUUCAUAGGGAAAUUGGGAUCUGAUGGUAUUCAAAAGGAUGAUACUGGUAACAUUAUUAUAGAAAUGGUUUCUUCUUUAGCCCAGAAGGCAAUCUCUGCAUUCAAGAUUCAGCCACUAUUUUCAGGAGACUGGUGCUCAACUUUCUUUUCAUUUCUAGAUGCAGAAAAUAUCACCCAAAGAGUUCAGCUCCUACCACAGCAAACCUCCAUGCAGACUAGUAGACUCUUAAAGCAGAGCCAGCUUGCUCUGUCUGAAGACACAUCAGUGAAAAAAGAUGAUAUCCAUCAUCCAAUAAUUAACUCUAUAGCUACCUUCAUGAAAAGCAAUAUUAUCAACCUGAUGUCAGGAACAACUACAGGUGUCACAGAUACUAAGAAAGAUGAUGAUAAUAAACUGAAAUCUGCCACCUUAAAAUAUGAGAAUGUCUCAAAGGUUACUUCUCCAACUACCAGUGUGAAAAGUAAAGAUCCUCAGGUUCAACAUUUGAGUGACAAAUGUAAAAGUACUGAAACUGGGAAAGAGAACUUAGUUCUCAUCAAUGAGCAGGGGCAGACGAUUGAAAUAUAUACCCAUUUUGCAGUUGCUACUGUUAAUAACAGUUCUGAGGAGGUACUUGAAUCAGAUAUCAUAACAGACAAUGAAAAGAAAAUUGACAGUGCUAGUCAAAGUUUAGUGAAAAUAGAUGAGAAGCCCAAGAGUGAGAGUAAAGAGAACAUAACAAAAAAAACUUUAAAAAUAGCCCAACAGCCAGUCAAGGAAGAGAGGACACAGUCUGUAGCUGAAACAGAUAUAGAUGAGGAACUAUACACAGAAACUGAACGUGUUGAAAAUGUCAUUGAAAAUAUUUAUGACAAUGUUUUAACAAUAUCUUCUCAAGAGCCAUUGGAUUUUUCUAGACCAAUAUACAACAAAAGCCUCCAGAGUGAUAAAGCUUCAGUUAAACUUCAAGAUUCUGUACAGCCUGUUACAACAAAGGAUUCAUCCGCAACAGUUAAUAGAGACAUCACUGCUAAACAGAAAGCAAGUGAAGAAGCUGAAACUAAAAGAAAAGAAGAGAGUGAGAUAAAAAGAGAGAAAGAUAUUAAAAGUCAGCCUAGUAAAACAGACCAUCCACAGUCCUUAUCAGAAAGUGAACCUAGAACUAUUUCUGCUAAGUUUCUAGAAGAUGUGAUCAUUGAAAUGGUGAACAAACUAAUAUUUACAUCUUCACCAGAAACAGAAACGUUCAAUAGAACUCCAGAUGCAAGUGGUGACCAAAAUCAACGUGAACUUUAUGACACAGCUUUGAAACUCAUUGAUUCAAUGUUUAAGGAGUUUUCAGAUCCAGAAACUAAGGUAUUUAGGACAGAUAAAGGUAAUAAGAUUUCCUCACAAGCAAUCAAAGACUCAUCAACUAAUACGGUACCUCCUGGGCUUAAAGAAGCAACUACAGAAGAACCAUCAUCCAGCAUGAAUAUUAAAAAUGUGGAUAAAUUGCCACAUGAGCAUAAAACAGUUGAACAAUCGUCUUCUGACAAGAUACCCUCCAUAAAUAGAAUGCUAUCAAUUGAAAAAUCAGUUGUCAAUAAAAUUGUUCACUCUUGUGUUUGCGAUGUUUUAAAGGAAUGUACAUCUCAAGAGUCUGUUUGCAAAACCAUCAACAACAAUAGGGAAAAUCUUGCAAAAAGGCUAACUAGCACAGUGAUAAAUGAAAUUUUUCAGCAUCAGCUCAACUUGAUAUUUUCUGAUGAGAUACCAGCUUCAGGAUGUGUGCCUCUGGAAUCAAAAGAUGUUGAGGAAAAGUUCCAAAAGGCAGUGCAAACAGCCAGUAAAGAAUGUAACACAGCCAGUAAAGAAUGUCAAACCUCGUCUCCAUACACCAUAAAGCUGCCUUUCAAAUUUUUAGAUGAUGUGAUUUCUGCUCUUUUAGCAAAAGUUUUUUCAAAACUAUCCAAUGCCAAAACAAAAAUAUCUCAACAGAAUUUUUUGACACAACUUGACUUCCUUAAAAUGAAGUUAGUUAGUGUGGUUGCAGCAGAGAUUGCCAAAAAUGAAGAUUUGAAUAUACAGUAUGUAGACUUUUUGCAUCCAAAUGAUGAUGAAAUUAUUCAGCUGGUGGUUCAGACAAUUUAUAAUAAUCUUUUGCCACAGUUUGGAUCACAGGAAACCAUACAAAAUUGUGUAGUUAGUGGAUGCAAAUUCCUUUCAAAAACCAUAGUUGAUUUAGUUCUUCGAGAAGUGGCUGGCAAUCAGUUGCAGAACUAUUUUGGCGGUGAGUUGACUCCAUAUCAGUGUGCAGAAGUUGACAAUGUUGUUGAAAAUAUCCUCACCAAUGUUGUCUUAACUACUCCAUCACAGCCACCACGUCCCCGUAAACUAUCUUAUAAUAUAAUAGAAGCAAUUGCUGUAAAAUUCCUAUCAAAACUUUUAUCUGGCUUUCCAAAAGUGCAUACAGAAAGAACUAAAUCUCAAGAAACUGAAAUGCAAAAAAUAACCUCAAAAAUAUUAAAGUCAAUCCAAGAAUGUUUUUCUAAAAGUAAGAUCAAAGUUGUACAACCUGCCAAGGAAUCGGAACCUGUGCCUGUAGCUGACAAUGCAACUAUUGACAAAGUAGUUAAUUCCGUUUAUGGCAAUCUUUUAAAACAAUCUGGCUCUCCUACGUCUGUAUUGGAAGAUUUAAUGGGUAAGAGUAAUGACCUUUCUGACAUAAUAGGUUCGUCAAUGGUGAAGGAGAUUUCCAAUUCUGAAUUUCAACCUCAAGCAGAAGAAGAACUUUCAAGUUCAGAAUUAGCUCUUGAAGCUGUCAAAAUUAUGGAAAAGGUGGUGAAAAUUAUUGAUGAGCUAAAGUCACAGGAAAAAUCUUCAUCUGUAAAAGAUUUAGUGUUAGACUCCAGAGUUUUAGAGGAAGCAUUGGCCUUAUUCUUGGCUAAACUAGUAAAGAAGCCUGGUAUUGCAAGCAAAGAUAUGGACAGUUUAACAAAGCCUGAGUUAAAUAAAAUUGCAUCUCAGUUGACAAAAUCCAUAACAGCUGAAAUUUCCAGAAGUAAUAUAAAUCUUGUGGAUUCUAAUCCUGAAGAACAAUCUUUAGCUCCAGAAAACAUUGAAAUGAUUUCUCAGGUUAUUGAAUCUGUUUAUGAUAAUAUAAUAAACCAAUCUGAAACCUGUAAUGAGCCCUAUGAUAUAAAAGGUACAAAGAAGGCCUUGCCUAAGAAAGUGGCUAGCUUAAUUGUCAAUGGUGUUUCAAAUGUUCCACCAUGUAGAGUUAACACAAUGAGUUCUUAUACUGCUGCUUUUGGAGAUCUAGACACAAGUCGAAUCAUUGAAAAGGCACAAAAGCAUGCUUCACAAAUGAACUCUGACUCUGAUAAAGAGUCAGAUGAUAUAUUGGAAGAUGAACUUCCCAUUAGAAUAAUUCCACAUGUCGGGAAUAAACCACUGAGAAUAGAUCCAAAUAUCAUCUCAGAACACUUAGCAGUUAUUUCUAUGAAGACUCAGCCUCUGGAGACACUUAAUACGGACUGCAUAAAGAGAACUGGUUAUAGCAUAACAGAGCUGAGAAGAGCUUCCAUAAGUGGAAAAGGUCACUCUUCCCCAGACGUGUCUGAACUAGGAGCAAGACAGAAAGAAAGGCGUAUCUCAUUGGAUAGGACAGGACGACUGGAUGUAAAACCCUUAGAGGCUGUCGGCAGGAAUUCAUUUCAAAAUAUAAGAAGACCUGACAUCACCAAAGUAGAGCUUUUGAAAGAUAUUCAUAACAAAAAAGAUCUGAUUGUUCGGUUAGUAGCUCAUGAUACUAGUCAAAAGGAUUCAGAAAGUAGCUUCAGAGAGGACAUCGUUUCUGAUGAAGAGGAAAUCGUUUUAGGAGAGGUUACUGGACAUCAGUGCUUAGGAGGAAUAUAUGGAGGUCAUGGUGAAGAAGUUGUGAAAGCCUUAGAAACCAAAGUUGUUUCUCCAAAGACAACAAUGAGCGCAAGCAGCUUGAGAAGGUUCUUAGCACUAAGCAAAUGCUGUCAGCCCACUUCUGGUGAAAAUAUUGAAAGUAUUGGAUCAUUUGGAAAUCAGACUAUGAAACUUAACAAGACACAUGUUAAAAGAGCUGUUGCUGAGCUUGACAUGCCCUCUUCCAAAAGCUUAGUAGAAGGACUAUCUUCUAAGGACAAGUUACAAUAUAAGAAAGAAGAAAGACUUGCUACUGAACCAACGCAUUACUUCAUACACAGAAUUAUGAGUACUUCAUCAUACAACCAAGAAGACCUCCUUUCUAGUGAAGCAGAAGAGUUUAAACCAGAUCCAAAGGCUAAUGCACUAGAAGAACGUUCUCAGCAACCACAAGCAGGAAACUCAAGCUGUGUUCAGUUUGUCACCAUCUUUGAAGGAUCAAAAAGAGUGACCAGCAGUGUACGUACCUCAAAGGAACACAUUUCAGAAACUUCCAAGAGCACUAUUUCCAAGCAAGGAUCUAAAGUGCUGGCAAAGGUAUCUUCAACUCUGUCAAAGGUAUUCUCCCGAUCAAGCGGCAGUAUUCCAAAAUCGUCCUCACCAACCCACCAGGAUAAGCACUAGAGCUUCUCCACUUGAUAAAAUUGUGAUUCCCUAUAAAAUAAAAUGAUAUUUAAAGUA